AUGAUGAUGAUGAUGGUGAAAUAUGAUGAUGACGGGGAUAAAGAGGAUGAUGAUAAUGAUGACCGAAUUGCUGAUGAUGGCAGUGGUAGUAGUUUAGGUGCUGGUGGUGAAGACGAUGGUGAUAUGAAUAACGAAGUGAAUGACGAAAAGGCUGAGUAUUGGAAGGAUGAAAACUGCACUGAAUGGAAUUUAUCUGUCAAGGAUUGUGAAGAGGCAAAGAAAAAUGGUAGUAUCCCAACCAGUUACGAAGACGGGGAUCUUGUUUACGAUCAGUGCGAUACGUAUAAUAUCACAGGCAUGGAAUUCGAUCCAUCAUACGACUCAUCGAUGAAUGGUUCAGCCGAAAUCAUCCCGUGUCAAGAUGGAUGGGAACACGAUAAAAGUCAGCUGAAAUCAUCCAUUAUACAAGAUUGGGAUCUAGUUUGCGACAAGAAAAACCUACCGGACUAUGCCCAAUCGGUAUUUUAUGUUGGUAAUCUAGUUGGAUCUUUUGUAUUUGGGGUCCUUGCUGACAAAAUUGGGCGCUAUCCAACUCUGUUUAUUUGCCUCGGUGUCCAGGCUGGAUUUGGAGUACUGGUUGCUUUCUCGCCUAACUAUUGGGUGUACAUCGUCCUUCGUUUCUUCCAAGCGGCUGGCAACAAGGCUGUGCUACAAGUUGCCUUCGUCAUUGGUCUGGAGUUCGUCGGACCAAAAUGGCGGACAGUGACCGGAAUAACCGUCCAGGUUUUCUUUGCCUCCUCCUACAUGCUUCUUGCCAUCAUUGCCUACUUCGUCCGCUACUGGAGGACGCUGCAAAUUAUCAUUUCUGCUCCUCUUUUCCUUUUCUUUUUGCUAAUGCCUUUCAUUCCAGAAUCAGCACGUUGGCUUCUCUCCCAUGGUAAUAGCAAGAAAGCUGAGAAAAUCAUACACAAAGUCGCCAAGGUCAACAAACGAAAACUACCUCAUCCCCUCUUCACAGAGGAAGAGGUAAAAGAACAGAAAGCUGCAAGCCUAGCCCCUAAAGCAGGUAUCCUUGAUCUUUUCAGGACACCUGUCCUUCGAUGGAGAACUAUCAACUUCAUUUACAAUUGGAUGGUGAAUAACAUGGUAUACUACGGAUUGACCUAUAGCAGUGGUGACCUAGGGUUCAAUGUAUACUUGAACUUCUUCCUGUCCGGUGCAGUCGAGAUCGUCGGUUUUGUGUUAGCCAUUUUCUCCAUCAAUUUCUUUGGUCGUCGACCAAGUAUCGCUACUUUCCUCAUCAUUGGCGGCUCUGCUUGCCUCAUCCGUAUCGGUCUACCUGCUGGUGUUUGGAAUACAGUGGUUGCCUUGAUCGGUAAAUCAGCCAUAUCGGCUUCUUAUGCCAUCGUCUAUGUUUACUCAGCAGAAUGCUUCCCUACACCAGUCAGGAGCAUUGGUGUGGGCACCUGUUCUAUGAUGGCUCGGUUUGGUGCCAUUGUUUCACCCCUGAUUCUCAUCCUAGGGGACUAUUAUUACCCCGCUCCUCUUAUUAUCUUUGGAACCACCACCAUCUUGGCUGGGUUUCUCUCCCUUCUCUUCCCCGAGACGCAGGGCAAGAAACUACCGGAAACCAUUGAAGAGGGGGAAAUCUUCGGAACGAAAGCUUAUGAUGAGAAAAUACCAACUGACGAGCUAGCCAGGGAGGAAAAGGAAAAUGACGUCACAGAAAUAUCACUUAAUGACAUGGAAAAGCACACUCGAACAAAGCUUUUGAAUCAGGCAACACCGUUUAGACAUCUUUAA